UCUGUUUCUCUCUCUAGGGUUUUGCGUACAAAUCGGAUAUGGCCGGCGCUGGGAUCCACCCGUACCACCAGCAAUGGCAGCCCGCAGCCGCCGCUCCUCCGCCUCCCCCUACGGCUGUCGGCUCUAUAGCUCCUCCUCCUCCUCACCACCUCGUCGACAACCCGAACCGACCCCUUACCGAUGAGGUUCGCACCAUAUUCAUCACUGGUCUUCCUGAGGAUGUGAAGGAGAGAGAGAUACAGAACCUCCUGAGAUGGUUGCCAGGAUACGAGGCCUCGCAGGUCAACAACAAAGGCGAGAAGCCUAUGAGUUUCGCGCUCUUUUCCACUGCUCAUCAAGCCAUUGCUGCCAAAGACGCCCUUCAGGGUAUGAUUUUCGAUUCGGAGUCGAAGGCUGUGCUGCACACGGAGAUGGCAAAGAAGAAUCUUUUUGUUAAAAGAGGAAUUGUAGGCGAUACAAGCCCUUAUGAUCAGAGUAAACGUUUGCGAACUGGUGGUGACUACUCACAGGCUGGCUAUAGCAGUCCAUCUCCUUUUCAUCCUCCUCCUCCACCUGUUUGGGGGCCACACGGGUAUCUGGCUCCACCACCUCCUACGUAUGAUCCAUAUGGUGGUUAUCCUGUUCCUCCAGUACAAAUGCAUCCUCCUCCUCCUGUACCAGCACCGAGUAGCUAUGUACCUGUUCUGAACACUAAAGAUAACCCACCGUGCAAUACCUUAUUUAUUGGAAAUCUGGGAGAGACAAUUAAUGAGGAAGAACUGAGGGGCCUUUUCAGCUCACAACCUGGAUUUAAGCAAAUGAAGAUCUUAAGACAAGAAAGGCAUACUGUUUGUUUCAUUGAGUUUGAAGAUGUGAACAGUGCCACCAAUGUGCACCACGCUUUGCAGGGUGCUGUUAUCCCCAGUUCUGGUUCUGUGGGCAUGAGAAUACAAUAUUCAAAGAACCCAUUUGGGAAAAGGAAGGAUGGAAACCACCCUGGUGCUGUCCCUGCUGCCAAUGGAGCUCCACCGGCUAUGACAUACCAGUAGCUUGAAGGGGAUGUACUCUGUUCCUUAUGCUAGAGACAAUCACAACCACAUGAUAGGAUGCAUCUUGCAGCUGUUGCAUGCAUCCAUUUCAUAGUCACGUCAUCAGCAUUAGCAUCUCCCCUCAUGUGAAUGAAUGCACUUAGUGGCAUCAUGAACAUACCAUUUGGCCAUGUUAUAACGUACUUGUGACAUGCAUUUUCAGCAGUAUGUGUUAAUGCCUGGAUAUUAGGGGCUCAAAUUGUUAUCAUCUUAUAGCGUAUUUGUGACAUGCAUAUUUCAGCAGUAUGUGUUAAUGCAAUAUUAGGGGCAAAAAUAUUGUUAUCA